AUGGUUCAAGAGGGAAUAGUCUUAGGACAUAGAGUAUCAGAAAAGGGGAUAGAGGUGGAUAAGGCGAAAAUUCAAGUUAUGGAGAAAUUACCACCACUUACAUCAGUAAAAGGAGUUCGAAGCUUCAUUGGGCAUGUAGGGUUUUACAGGAGGUUUAUAAAGGACUUCUCCAAAAUCACCAAGCCUCUAUGCAACUUGCUAAUGAAAGAGCUAAUGUACGAUGCGAGCGAUCAUGCGGUUGGUGCGGUAUUGGGACAAAGAAAGAAUAAAAUCUUUCAUGUGAUAUACUAUGCAAGUAGAACUUGGAACGACGCCCAAAUCAACUAUGCGACGAUCGAGAAGGAAUUGCUAGCUGUGGUUUAUGCAUUUGACAAGUUUAGAUCAUAUCUUGUUGGGUCUAAGGUCAUCGCCUACACAGAUCAUGCUGCUCUGAAUGAAAAUGUGGUAGCCGACCACCUAUCAAGAUUGGAACGGGAUGAACUUGAGAUGUCAGUUGACAUCAAUGAAAUCUUUCCAGAUGAGCAAAUUUUUGGAGUAGAAAUAGUCCCAUGGUACGCUGAUAUUGUUAACUACCUUGCUAAGUCCAUCCCACCACCAGAAGGCACAAAUCAGAUAAUCAGAAGAUGCAUUCUUGAAGAUGAAGUACCGGAGAUUCUAGAACAUUGUCACUCUUCUGCAUAUGCUGGGCAUUUUGGAGCUUCAAAGACUGCUGCAAAGAUACUACAGUCGGUUGUUGCAUUGCCUACUAACGACACGAAAGUGGUGAUAGAGUUCUUGAAGAAGUACAUAUUUACAAGAUAUGGUACACCGAGGGCAAUAAUAAGUGAUGGGGGCGAACACUUCAUAAAUCGUCAAUUAGAGCAGCUGUUGAACAAAUAUAGGGUGAAACAUAAAGUAGCAAUUCCAUAUCAUCCGCAAACCAAUGGGCAAGUUGAAGUUUUGAACAGACAGUUAAAGAGAAUACUGGAAGUUACAGUGAACUCAUCCCGAAAAGAUUGGUCUAAGAAGCUCGACGAUGCACUGUAG